AUGCGUUUUCUAGCAGUUAUUGCACUCGUUCUCAGUUUAACAACAGCACUUCGGUCAUCGUCAGCCUACACUCUUGAUCGUACAAGACGUGGCCCAGUUGAUUUGAGUGGUUUAACUGGGGCCUUGCCAUUUAUUUGCGUAUUCCCACCAUGUCCCGUACCAAAUUUUCAACUGCCACCAAUUGAUUGGGCUGCAGUACAAGCACAGAUUGAUCAGUGGAAUAAAGAACAGGAACAAUUACUGGGCUGA